AUGAACAAGGUGGACAUCCUCCUGGGGUACAUUGUGUCACCAGACUCCGACACAAGCACGCUACCGACACACUGGGCCCAUGCGCUUCAGCACUGGGGCCAAAUGACGUGGCUCAUGACAUGCUCAAUGACAUGGCUCAUGAAUCCACCGCGCAACACUCUCCCCAGCCCCCCACCGGCCUACACCCAUGCAAUCCUCUGGGAUGCCGAUAACGACGGCGACUCAGAAGACCCGACGUGCCACGAGACACAUGGCUUGGGCAGCGGGCACAAGGCCUUCUCGGCAGCACCGACGCACUACACGCCCAACAAAUCGCUACACGAAGGCGACGACGCAGACCACCGCGCCGACCACCGGAAACAAGGUCUGCAAGGCACCAACAACUAUAGCAACACCGACCAGACACGUCCCACAACACACCACACACUAACGAAGGCCCGGCAGACUGAGGCCGCUGCACGAACCACCCCGGUGUGA